GGUGAGUCACAGGACAGCGGCGUACGGACCUGUACGUGACUCCUGCUUAAAAAGACAUACCUGUCCAUACAUGUAGUACGACCGUGUAACCUACAAGCUGAUAAAGGUGGCCAUUCCUGAGUGACAGUUUUCUAUACCUUGCGGUCGGACAACAGCACAAUGGGCAUUCUUCAUGGGGCAACAGUCUUUGUCAUCAUGUCUUUAAUGACACCCGUCCAUUCGGUGUUGCCUGGCAACCCCCGUGUGAUUGACAUGACCCACACAUUUGACGAAAACACCAUCUACUGGCCGACUUUAAGGCAAUUCAAGAGGACCGGCGUGUUGAGAAACUACACAGCUGACGGUACCUGGCGCGAGGAGUCUGACAUAGAGGGGGCAGAACAUGGUGGGACACACCUGGACGCACCUGCGCACUUCAGUAAAAACAAGUGGAGAAGUCAUGAUAUUCCCGUGGAGCGGCUGAUGGGACCAGCGGCUGUAGUUGACGUGUCUCCAAAGGCGGCUGCUGAUGCGGACUAUCUGGUUACUGCAGAAGACUUUCAGCUGUGGGAGGAGAAACACGGCAAAAUCCCAGAUGGAUGCCUUCUCUUCAUUAAGACCGGAUGGGGUAAGUUUUGGCCCGAUGAGCUCCUGUACCUUGGUACAAACACAAGGAACACGUCAUUACUGCACUUCCCCGGACUACACCCAGAUGGCGCUCGGUGGCUGGUACAGAACCGGGGGAUGCACGCUGUUGGGAUCGACACGGCCUCUAUCGACUACGGACAGUCUACGGUGUAUGAGGCGCAUCAGGCCCUGUUUGGAAACAAUAUCCCAGUGUUUGAGAACGUGGCCAAUUUGGACCAGCUCCCGGCAGUGGGGUCUGUGGUGUUCGCCUUGCCGAUGAAGAUUGGAGGCGGCAGCGGAGGACCUGCCAGGAUCGUAGGAUUUGUGAACAAACACGAAUAUUCCCCACCCCAUGUUGAUCUGUAAAUAUUAUCUUUACUGUCACAAUCAAAUUUUAUAAUAGGAAUUUUCCUUUCCUUGCCAUGCUUACGUUUUGGUGCAUCAGACAUCUUCCUUGGAGCUUCUGGCUGGAGUUCUGCUUCUCGCCGUUUUUUUUUUAAAUCUCUACAUGUCCUAUGUAGUAUAUGUAAACAGGAUAGGAGAAUUAAAGAAGCAGGCUAGAUAAUGUAGUCGAUUCCAGUGAUAAACCGGGACGAGGGGAGGUAUAAGCUAAGUCACGUUUAGGAUUG